AUGUCGGCGGUUGAUCUCACACCCCAACCUCAAAGCUGGCCUUCCUGCUGUUCGAUUUCGGCGGUGCAAGUCGCUCUCUGUUGCAGCCCGGAGCGUUGUAAGACCUCGUGGCUUCUGGGUUUGGCCGGUUUCGAGGCGCCGAGGAUAGGCCCCGGAGAAGUGUCCCUGUUGGUCAAAGCUGAGCUUAAAGGGCCGAUGGAGGGCUGUUGGCUAUGGGCUUUCCUGCUGAGAAGCGGAGAACCAACGGGGCCACCUGCAAAUGGGCGUGCCACGACAGGGAAACGGCACGGAGCUUGCCAUGCAGAGGGCGCCACUUGA